AUGAAGACUACGUGGAAAGAUAUUGCGCCUGUGCCCACCCACCAGGAAUUCUUGGACAUUGUCCUGAGUCGUACUCAGCGCCAGCUGCCCACCCAGAUCCGUGCCGGCUUCAAGAUCGCCCGUAUCAGAGGCUUCUACACUCGUAAGGUCAAGUUCACCCAGGAGACCUUCUGUGACAAGUUCCAGGCCAUUCUUGAUGGCUUCCCUCGUCUGCAGGAUAUUCAUCCCUUCCACAAGGAUUUGAUGAACACUCUUUAUGAUGCCGACCAUUUCCGUAUUGCUCUCGGUCAGGUUUCAACUGCAAAGCACCUUAUCGAAACCGUCUCCCGUGAUUACGUCCGUCUUAUCAAGUAUGCUCAGUCUCUGUUCCAGUGCAAGCAGCUUAAGCGCGCUGCGCUUGGUCGCAUGGCCACCAUCUGUCGCCGUCUGAAGGACCCUCUUGUCUACCUUGAGCAGGUUCGCCAGCAUUUGGGUCGUCUCCCAUCGAUUGACCCCAACACCCGUACUCUCCUGAUUUGCGGUUACCCCAACGUCGGAAAGUCCAGCUUCCUGCGCAGCAUCACUCGCGCCGAUGUCGAUGUUCAGCCCUAUGCUUUCACCACCAAGUCCCUGUUCGUCGGUCACUUCGACUACAAGUACCUUCGCUUCCAGGCUAUCGAUACCCCCGGUAUUCUCGACCAUCCUCUGGAGGAGAUGAACACCAUUGAGAUGCAGUCCAUCACUGCCGUCGCUCACUUGCGCUCUGCUAUUUUGUAUUUCAUGGAUCUUUCCGAGCAGUGCGGUUACUCUGUUUCCGAUCAGAUCAAGCUUUACCACAGCAUCAAGCCCCUGUUCGCUAAUAAGAUUGUCUACAUUGUCGUCAACAAGAUCGAUGUGCGUCGCCCCGAGGACCUUGAUCCAGAGCAGCAGAAGGAGCUGCAGGAUAUCCUGGCUUCUGGCGAUGUCGAGAUGCUUCAGGCUUCUUGCACUACCACCGAGGGUGUGACUGCUGUUAAGAACGCUGCUUGCGACAAGCUUCUCGCCGAGCGUGUGGCACAGAAGCUCAAGUCUGGUACCAACACUUCCGGCACCCCUGGUGGCCGCCUGGGCGAUGUCCUGGCCCGUAUCCACGUUGCCAAGCCUAUGGGCGGUGUCCAGCGCGAGACCUUCAUCCCCGAGGCUGUCAAGGAGCUCAAGAAGUAUGACAAGAAUGACCCCAACCGCCGCAAGCUCGAGCGUGACCUUGAGGAGGAGAACGGUGGAGCUGGUGUCUACAGCUUUGACAUGCAGCGCGACUACACAUUGGCCAACGCCGAUUGGAAUCACGACAAGAUCCCCAAGGUGUGGAACGGCAAGAACAUCUACGACUUUGUUGACCCCGAUAUCGAGUCCAAGCUGGCUGCUCUCGAGGAAGAGGAAGAGAAGCUGGAAGCCGAUGGAUACUAUGACUCCGACGAGUCUGUUGAGGAUGCUGAGGAUGCUGAUAUUCGCAUGAAGGCAGACCUCAUCCGGGAGAAGCGUGUCUUGAUGCGCAACGAAGCCAAGAUGCGCAAGUCGCUCAAGAACCGCGCACAAAUCCCCCGCAGCGCCAAGUCCAAGAAGCUCUCCGAGAUGAACCGCGCUUUGGACUCGGCUGGCUACGAUGUGGAUGCUGCUGGCGACCGCGCCCGCUCCCAGAGCCAGGUCCGCGGACGUGCCCUUACCCGUGACGGGCCCAAUGAUGAUGACAUGGAUCUUGACGACCCCAAGCAGGCCCUUGCCCGUGCUAAGAGCCGUGCGCGCAGCGUGGCGGCUACUGAUCGUCGUAACGACGGUGUUGUCAGCGACACUGCCCGCGACAAGGCUGAGCGUAUGUUCAAGCUGGGCCAGAAGAAGAUGAACCGCAUGGCCCGACAGGGUGAGGCUGAUCGUCAUACCACCGCCUCCCUACCCAAGCACUUGUUCUCCGGCAAGCGUGGUAUGGGCAAGACCCAGCGCCGUUAA